AUGGCGGCCGACAACAAUCGGAUGCGCGUACUUCGCCCGCUCCAGGCGUGUAACCUCUGCAAGGCCCGCAAGAAGAAAUGUGACAAAUCUUUGCCAUCUUGUGGAUAUUGUACAAGCAAACAAAUCGAUUGUGUCUAUGGAGACGCUUCAUUUCCUCGAAACCCUGCUUCGCCGACCACAAAAGAUGCUUGUCCUAAACAGCCGUCACUAUGGCCCUCGCCUGCUCGUGUCAUCAUAAAUCCAAAACAUGCCCUACAGCUAGCGGAGGGGUUCGGACGAGAGGUGUAUUUGGACGUGUAUAGAGUCAUUCGUGACAGUGGGCAGUUUGUCGACGACAUCACAGCUCGCUUUUUCAAUGGAAUUCAUCACCAGCUGCCGCUCAUCUCGCGGUCCUCCUUUUAUAAUAACUUAGCUGCGUUGGGGCCAGCCUCCUCCGUCGAUAGUUCACUGCUCCUGUUGGCGAUGUCUCUCUUCACAAAGACACCUGAUGCCCAUGCAAAAACAGUCCCCAACCUUGAAAAGCGGCGCGCCCUUUAUCUCUCCUUGAAAUCUCUUUAUGCUCAAGUUCAAGCUUGCAGUCCGCCCUCUAUUCCUCUAAUUCAAGCAGGAGUUCUUCUCGGUAUGCACGAGUAUAUGAAUGGGCAGCCGUACAACGGAUUUAUGACCAUCUCAACGUGUGCCAGGAUGGCUUAUGCCGCCGGAAUUCACAUGCACUUCUCUCAUGAGAAUACGAGCAGCCGCAAGCCUGAUUCUCCAUCCUUGUUCCAAGAAGAAGAAGAGGCCAACACUUGGUGGGGAAUUGUCAUAUGUGAGAGAACGUUUUUGUGUGAGCUAGAGACCAACAGCCAGCCAUUGUUAUCCGUGUUUCCUGCCGGAGACGCUAGGUUGCCAAUUGAAUCUCAAGUCCUCGAUCAACUCGAUAUCUUAGAGCAUGGAUCUUUACCCAACAUCCCACUUUCUUGCCUUACCUUUCCAAAUCUCGGAGGAUUCAGUCGGAUGGCGCAGGCUACCUGCUUUUUAGAUCAAGUUCGUAACGCAUUUGAGGUUGAUAACAUCGACUCUAGGCUUCUCCUUCUUUCCAGACUGGAUACCAAUAUUCAGUCUUUCCUGUCGUUGGUAAUGCCACAAUGUCAAGAGGAGCCAGGAAUAUACUGUUCAGCCAUGAACAUAACCAUCAGAACCCUGUUCAUACUCCACUGGCAUAUUAUCACGCAGCUAAAAAUUUGUGCGCCAAGAUACGAGCCACGAGAUGUGUGGCUGGCCAGAUCACAUGAAGCGCUGGAGACUGUGGCUAAAAUGGUCAUUGAUAUUGCGGAUUUGUUGUUGGCUACACCUGUGCAGGGCACGACAACGUACAUGGUCGACACAAUGCCACCGCAAUACCCAUAUAUUGCUCGUGCCGUUCUUGGAUAUCUUUGCACCAGGAAAUCUAUCGAAGAACCAGAGUGGUCUAAGAAAGCUCGGGAGAUUCUGCAGAUGUGGCUCGACAAGUACUCCGAAUGA